GGGUGUCGCUACCUAGUGGCGGGCGACCAGCGCGCAACCGCCCGACGUAGAGCGCUGAGGCGGAGGCUGCGAGCCGCUCGCUCUUCGCCGGCCUGCGCAGGAAUUUUGAGGAGCCACAAUGCGGCAUAAUCAGAUGUGUUGUGAGACACCACCUACUGUCACUGUUCAUGUAAAAUCAGGUUCAAAUAGGUCACAUCAAACUAGAAAACCUAUUACUCUGAAGCGCCCUGUUCUUAAAGAUUGUUGGCAAGCAUCUGAAAAAAAUGCACAUAAUAACAAAUCUAAGCGGCCCAAAGGGCCUUGUCUAAUCAUACAGCGUCAAGAGAUGACUGCUUUCUUUAAAUUAUUUGAUGAUGAUUUAAUUCAAGAUUUCUUAUGGAUGGACUGCUGCUGUAAAAUUGCAGACAAGUAUCUUUUGGCUAUGACCUUUGUUUAUUUCAAGAGAGCUAAAUUUACUAUAAAUGAGCAUACCAGGAUAAAUUUCUUUAUUGCUCUAUAUCUGGCUAAUACAGUUGAAGAAGAUGAAGAAGAAGCCAAAUAUGAAAUUUUUCCGUGGGCUUUAGGGAAAAACUGGAGAAAAUCAUUCCCUAAUUUCUUAAAGCUAAGGGACCAGCUCUGGGACAGAAUUGACUAUAGGGCUAUUGUAAGCAGGCGAUGCUGUGAAGAGGUUAUGGCCAUUGCACCAACCCAUUACAUCUGGCAACGAGAACGUUCUGUGCAUCACAGUGGUGCUGUUAGGAACUACAACAGAGAUGAAGUCCAUCUGCCCCGGGGACCGACUGCCACACCAGUAGAUUGUUCACUGUGUGGUAAAAAAGGAAGAUAUGUAAGAUUGGGACUGUCUUCAUCGUCAUCUUCAUCCAAUGACACAGUAGAGCUAAUGGAAAAACAUUCUCAGGAAUUACACAAUUCAUUAUCAAUGGACAUGAUAGGUGAUCCUUUUCAAGAUAAUAGCUAUUCUCAAGUAGCCAAUGACCAUCAAUCAAACAAAGAAAAUGAAACUAAUAUUAUGAAGAAAGACAAAUUUAUGGAGUGGUUUACAGAAAGUGAAGAAUGACACGGCCCAACUACUGCAACCUGGAGUCCUUAGCUGCAAGUGUCAAACUAAAUGCAAGACAAUUGCAAAGUGGGGCAGUUACCCAGGCGCACAAUGCUUUUUGGCUUCUGUUAUUUUUCAAACUAUGUAGAAGUUAUACAAAUCAUAGUAAUCACUAAAAAUACCCAUUGAUGGCAGUAGUGAUGGAUAGUAUAAAGCUCUAAUUUGAUACUUUUCUGUCUUCAAAUUGAUUGCUGUCACCUCAGGUAGUUCAGUUGUGGCUAGAAGUUCAAUA